CUCUUCUGCAAAGCCAUUUUCAUAUAUACAACAAAGCUACAAAAUAGAUAAUUAAACCAUUUGAAAGAGCGACUUGCCUGAUUAUAGAGAAACUCUGAGACUGUUACAGCAACCACAAAGAGGAGAUUUUUUUGUAAAGCUACUGUAAGACCAUAGAGUAAAGCUAAGUAGUUUGCUACAGUCUCUUCAGCGUAAAAGUCCAGCUUCUUCUGGACCUGAAUCUACUCAAAAUCUCCUGAUCUCUUCAAUACAACACCAAUUCCUGAAUAACCAGAACUUGAAUCUCCUCUCUCGGUUAUUGAAACUCCUUUAAAGAACAACUUAACAGAGAAUUCAUCCCCAAGUUCAUCUAUUUUCUCCUCAUCCUCAGCUACUUAUGCUGUAUUAUCACUUUCCUUAGACCAUACUUGUUCAUUAGCACAAUAGCUUCUAAAAUCUUCCUCAUCUACUAUGUGGCUCAAUGGCAGCUCAUCAUCACAAGAAACCUCUGGAUUCUCCAUGUUUGGCUACAAAAGGUACAAGCUUUCUUUACUUAGCAACAAACCAAGGAAACCUAAUAAAAACUGUGACAAAGCCAAACCUUCUAGACAUCAUCUAACCUCAAACUUAGAGAGAAAAUGAAAAAGACAUGAAAUUUACGUUAGAGAUCAGCAGAACAGCUAAUCUUACACCAACAGUUCAGCAUAAAUCAUUUGGACAAUAACAAAAGAAACAGCACGAUUUGUUCACCCACUGAAACCAACCAAACCCCUCAAUUAUUACAUUAGAGUAAAGGGGAAAAAUAAUUAAAUAAUUAGCAAAGAAAACUUAGAGAUAUGCUACGAUCAUUAGGAAGAACACAAACCAAGAAAUUUCUUACCGAGUAGAGGGAGAUUUACACUUGGAAACUAAAACUACGAAGAAAAUGACCAAUCUCUCUAUGCUAUGUUCAGAGGCGGUUAAGAUAACCGAAGCUGCUGAUGGUUGGAACAUCUUCUCGACGGCAGACUUUCGAGACAAAGUGAGGGUCAAUGGUGACUUCAUUUUCCGGCUUUGUUGUGAUUGAUACGUUCACGAGUUGAUUUAUAUAAAUACCAUAAUGAAAUACUUAGGUUUAGCUUUAAUAGUCUUGAUAAAAUUACUGUGUUUAGAUCGGUGGCAUUAGAUCGGUGGCAUUAGAUCAUAAAUAUUUAGAAAAAAUCAGGAUCAAAUCUUAUUUGUACUCCUGUUCUAAUAGUUUAGAUUAUGUAUUUUUCUUAAUUUGGCAUGUGAUUUGAAAAAUAUAAUAUCAGAUGAUCAAUUAUGUUGUUAAAAUUUCAUUUUUUUAAUCAUUUGAUUUUCAAUAUAAUCAUAAUAAAAAUUAACCCCUUCUCCCACAAGUAUCCUUUUUAGUCUUGCCUAUAGUUGCUUUUCUAUUGCCUUUAGCUUGAUGUUCCCUUACUGAAGAAUUAUAGUCUUGCCAUUUCGUUAAUGAUGCCGAAUUAGUAGCAAAAUCCAUGCGCGAUGCAAAAUUAAUUUAUAUUUUUUGUUGUUGUUGUGCAGCUUGUGAUUCAAAACACGCACAUAAUAACAAUUAAAAACUAAGAUAAGUAUCCAAAUGAUGUGAAAGUCUAACAAUGGGGUCGUUUGGAUCCGCGAGGUUGAGACGGAGAUCUCUUAUGUGAUCUAGAAGAAUCUACGGAGAGGGAAUCAAAAUGGGAGCAUACUUCGAUUAAGUCAUCCAUUGAUUAUACAGUAAAUUGGUUGUAAUAAAAAAGAAAUAGGGGUUACAAAAAAGUAAACGAAAACAAUUAUCAAUUACAUGGUGGUCAAAUAUGAACGUCAGUAGACACCAAUGAGCUUCUUCGGAUGAUGUCGGGAUGCAGCUGAAAAGUAGGACCAUAGAGGUUGCUUGUUAGAUCAAACAGUACUUCCGGGAACGCAGUGGAUGCAGGUGGAACCUCCAGCCACACACUUACGCAUGGAAAGUCAGAUGGACAUUACAGAUCAUGGAAUAGUCUGACAUUAAUAUGGUUCAUUCCUGAAGUUUUUUGAGAAAGGUUAGUCAAUCAUGUAUCUCGUUUUUGUUUUCAUAAACCCGCAUCUAAUCUAUUAUUUUCUUAGCAAAAAAAAAAAUAUAAUCUAAUCUAUUAUUUUAUUAUCUGGAUGGAAUCUUUUUUAGUUGUUAGAACAAAUCAAAGUAUACACGUAAGGAUCAUAAAAGUCAACUCUUGCCGUAACACUUUUAUUGCAAGGAAGCUUCAAUUUGUGAUAGUCGCGUUGUGAUAGUCAAAAAAAGAGAAGAUGAUGUUAAGACGAUUGAUUUUCACAAACGCGGUUACUUAAGAAUCGUGUGUAUAUAUAGUUUUGUGUUGGUACCGAAGCUUAAAUAUUGGUAAACACAAAAUGGAACUCAAAAUGCGUUGCACUGUGCUUCAUUUAUUUCUAUCACUUCUAAUUUAUACGCAAAUCGAAGCCGUUGGUUCACUUAACCAGGAUUCUCUUCUAUCCGUUGAUCUAAAACGCCAUCAAAUAAUCACAGAAACGACAUUGUUUACGGCAGAUUUGAACCGAAGGCAACUUGCAGGAGGAGGCGGUGGCGGCCGUGGAGGAGGUGGAGGCUCUCGAAGUAGUUCUUCAGGUGGCAGAAGCAGUGGUGGGGGAAGUCGCGGAGGUGGCUCCGUCGGUGUCACUAGACCAUCUACGACUAAUACUCAAGGUGGACGGGUUCCAAGCAGUGGUGCUCGCCUUCAUUAUUCUGUAGCGAUGUUCUUCUUCUUGAUCUGUUUGGUUAUCAUGUAUUAGACUCUAAAUGUUUUAAUUUUUUUAGUGUUGCUUGUGUCUUUUUGUAGUUCUUUCAAUUUCAACUCUUUUUUUUUUGUAUACGUCCAUGUCUUACUUGGUUUUGCUUUAUUUAGUAUUUACUUGAAAAUAAAGAAAUAUAAUCUGUUUCAAAAAUAA